UGAGGUGCUUGAGGUACUGUGGAUGCAUUGUGUGCGACCUCUUAAACUACAGGGAUUUAACCACCAGGACUUGACUUGUUUCAAGUCAGUAUUGUAAACUACAAUUAAAUAAUAUGUUUUUCGCUCAGGCUGCAGUAUAAUAUCAACUCUGAUUCAUUUGAAUUGAACAGUUGAUUUGACUAUAAUAAAAAAAGGUCACUGAUUUAUCGUUUUAUGAUGUCUUCAAAUGAGUUCAGUAUACUUGUAACAGGUUCAAAUUCAUCAUACAGUGUGGUAGAUAGCAAUGACCGCAAAUUAGUUAUCAAUGUAAAUGAUUGUGACAAUGUUCAAAUUGGAGACAGCAAUACAUUGAAUUAUUCAACAUCAAAAGACAGUUUGGCGAGAGAAGACGAAAUGCAGUCAGUAAGCAGCUCGGUUUCGUCCGUAUUUAGCAAUCAAAAACCUGCAAGAGUUUGCAAAUCUACAGAGAAUAUGAGUCUACCUGACCAAUUUUUUCAGUCACCAGAAAGUUUCCAGCAAGCCCAUGUUGAAAAUUCUAGUCUUCCUAUGUUUGAUAAUUCACCUAGGUAUUUAGCUACUCGCUCUCAGGGAGCUGAUGAUAAAUGUGAAACUGGAAAUGCAUCACCUGUACACAUUGCGGAACUACCGAAACAAUGUAGUUGUAGAACUAAUGGUUCGUCUGAAACACUUCCAUCCCAAACUACUUCCGAUGAGAGAAACUCUUCAAUUUUAGCUAUGUCAUCAGGAAGUAUUAGCAAUGAUUCAAGGAUAUCAGUUACAAGUAUUCCAUCGGUCUCAGAUUUUGACAAUAGUAGUAAAUCACUAUUGAGGAACUUGUCCGGUUCCAGUAUGGUGGGUGAACUGCUACAGUUAUCGCCAAAUUGUGAUGUGAAUACCCUAGAUUUAUUUGAAGAACCCCUAGAAUUGGCACCAUUUAUAGGUCGUCAAAGAGAAAGAGAAACAAUUAAACAUGCCUUAAACUAUAGGGGACGGUUGAUACAGAUUCAAGGCCCGAUGAUGGUGGGAAAAAGACGGUUAGCUCAGCAGGCCAUACAAGAACUCAUAGCAGAAGAUCAGAACAAGCCAAGAAUAACACGACAUAUUCCAUGCAAAAACCUCAUUUCUUGGACAGAAUUCCUGGAAAUGUUUUCUCAAAGAUGUGAUCUGGAAAUCAAAGAGUAUGUGAAACAUUGUGGAGUUUUCUCAAAAUUUCGCGAAAAAUUCAAUAAUGAAAGCCUUAUCCUACUGUUCUCCAACUGUGAGAUAUUUUUAAGCAAGAAUUUUUCAGAACAGAAUGUGUUCGAACAAAGCAUUCUUUACCUUCUGGAAUGUUGUCCUUCAAUACAAAUAGUCUUAACAACACAGACAAGUUAUAAUAUGGAUAAUCGGAGUCAAGAUCUUGAAAUUAAAAGACUCGAUGAUGUCGAAAGUUUUACAUUAUUCCAAAGGUCCAUUCGAAACAUUGACGCUUUGACAUAUCAGGAUGCUGUCAUUGAACGAUGUUAUGGAUUACCGCCCUUGAUUUUAGAUGCAGCGUCGCUUGUGAAAAAGAAUGACAGUAUUUUCCCGAUAACACCUGAGGAUUUAAAACAGUUAUUAGAUGAUGACGUUCGCUGGAAGAGAAUACACCGCCAAACUGUUUCUGGCAUAUCAGAUUUCUUCCCUGGGCUUACGGAAUACCUUCAGCAAAGAAUUGCAGAUUUAUCAAUAUUUCGGGCUAGUUUUAGUUUAGAAAGCCUUAAAGACAUUCUUCCCCCAGGACGUUUCAAUGAAAACAUAUUAUAUGAUAUAAACGAGUUGUAUAAGAGUUCAGUGGUAGCGCUUGUCAAGGAACACGAACAAGUCCGACUCAAAGUUGAUCCAUUUGUAGACGCGAUGUUAAAAACUGUUCUUCGUGAUCAUGUUAAAUGUAAUGAUGUUACUAGGUUAAAAUAUGUGUCGUUUUUUGGUAAAGUGUUAACCCGUGCUAACUCGGAACUCUUUAUAUCCUCCCAAGAGACUGUUUAUGGUUAUUUGCAACCCGAUUGGUUAAACUUGGAACAAGUUUUAAAACAAGCAAUACAUUGCACUGGAGACACUUUUCAAGUUUUCAUGCAGGUAGCUAUAGAUGCUGACGAUCUUCUCAUUAGGUGUUUUCCAUCGGAAGCUUUAAAUUUCUAUAAAGUUAUUGAGUGCUCUGCUACUAAAUUCGGUUCUUCGCUAGAAUGUGCUACUUUAAGAGCCAAACUUGGUAGAGCUUUAACUGAAAUUAAAGAAACUAGUGAUAAUCUUGAUAAAGCUUCACUGUUGUUUGAAAAAGCUGAAGAUGUACUCGUUGAUUCUGGACCAAGUUGUACUCUUGUUGCCUUCUAUAGAGAUAUGAGCUUCAAUAAGUUCAAAAGAAGUCUAUAUCAAGAAUCAUUUGAAUAUUGUCAUAAAGCAUUAAAUACGGCCUCAGAAAUGGAUAUAGAUAAUAGUGUAACUAAUCAUAUUAUAUCUAUCAGAGCUCGCCUAGCAAUUAUACUUAAUGUUCUUCGAGAUUUUAAGGAAGCUGAGAUUUUAUUAUUUGAAACUCUAGAAUUAGCUCACAUCCAUACACCAUAUCAUCCAGCUAUUUAUAAAAUGUUAAAUAGUCUUGGUAAUAAUUAUGAAUACUCUGGACAAGAUAAUGAAUUGGCUCUCAAGUAUUAUAGAGCAUCACUUUUUGAAAGACGGAAAUUUGAAGCUAUGGUGCCAGGCGAUCUGGUAGUAGCUUUGAAUAAUGUUGGCAGACAGUAUGCUAAACAGGGCAAAUACGAUCAAGGCUUACAGUAUCUGAACGAGGCCUAUAAAAUAUGUAGGAAAGUUGAAAAAGAAAAUUUCAAUGUUGGAUUUACGAUGUUUAAUAUGGGUUCUUUUCAUUUUGCUAUGGGACGCAUAGGCCAGGCAGUAGAGCUUUUACAGCAGGCCAUACAGAACUAUAAACUAUGUGCUAUAAUCGGUGGUGAGAAUAUCAUAGUCCGUCUUACUCUCAGUCAUUGUUUUAUUGUAAAAGAUGACUCUAAGAAAGCUAGAAAAUGUCUGCAAGAAUGUUUAGAUUAUAAACAGUAUUUUGUGGAAAGGACACAUCCGCCCAUAGACAAUUACUUAUUGGUCCUUGGACAUCUAAUUGUAUUUUACCGGGACGACAGGAAACAUUUAUUGGACUACCUGAUUGAGUUCAUCGAAGAGGCCAGUCGUUUACUUGACUUAAAAUUAAGUACUAGUGAUAAGGACAACAUCGAAGAUAUUCACAAACUCACUUGUAAUUAUCUCGACAAUGUUGAUACGAGUCGAAUUCAUGAUAUCCAAGAACGAUUUCGACAUAAACUUUUGAACAUGUGUAUUUUUUGUAAUCAGCUUCAAAAUUGUGGUUAUACGUGUGAUGAAUUGUGGAUCAGGGCUUCCAGAAUAGCUGCUACAGAAGUAGGAUUUAAAAACCGUUUGUUGAAUUCUCCAGCUCUGAAUGCAGCAACAAAUCGAUUAAAAAAUAAGGGGCAAAAACAAUUGACGAGCGAUCUGCACAAUGUUGCACCCGGAAUGAAAGACUCUAAGCAGUUGAAGGACACUUUGAAUCUCACUAGUAUACUCAAUGGUAACCAUGACAUUAGAAGAACUUCCAAAGAAUUUCAGUUUUGUGGAAAUGGUGCUUUUCAGUUUUGUAGAGAUAAACUUGUCAGCGGCCCCAAUAACAACUAUGAACGAGUGGCUACCGAAUCGACCUUUCCCCCAGAGUCAGCGCUCAGUAAAGGAAGUUUAUCAAAGAAGAGACAUGACAACUGCGCAAUUGAAGAUUUGAUAUGA